GGAAGGGGAUGCGGCUGGGAUUUUUCGGUGUCUUUCCCAAGCCCUUUUCGCCCGUUYGCAGCCGUGUAGAAACGGUUUAUUAAGGGGUUGAGGCAGUACGGCAAGAACUUCUUCAGAAUCCGAAAGGAGUUGCUUCCCAAUAAGGAGACCGGAGAACUCAUCACCUUCUAUUACUACUGGAAGAAAACUCCCGAAGCGGCGAGCUCGCGCGCGCACCGGCGGCACCGCAGGCAGGCAGUGUUCCGCAGGAUCAAAACCCGCACCGCCUCCACGCCGGUCAACACUCCCUCCAGGCCCCCCUCCAGCGAGUUCUUGGAUCUGAGCUCGGCCAGUGAAGAUGAUUUUGACAGCGAGGACAGYGAGCAGGAGCUGAAGGGCUACGCCUGUCGCCACUGCUUCACCACCACCUCCAAGGACUGGCACCACGGCGGCCGAGAGAACAUCCUGCUGUGCACCGACUGUCGCAUUCACUUCAAGAAGUACGGGGAGCUGCCGCCCAUCGAGAAGCCCGUGGAYCCCCCUCCCUUUAUGUUCAAGCCCGUGAAAGAGGAAGAUGAUGGCCUCAGUGGGAAGCAUAGCAUGAGGACACGGCGGAGUCGAGGCUCGAUGUCGACCCUACGCAGUGGCAGGAAGAAGCAGGCUGCCAGCCCCGAUGGCAGAGCCUCCCCCAUCGCUGAGGACGUUCGCUCCAGCGGCCGCAACUCGCCCAGCGCCGCCAGCACCUCCAGCAACGACAGCAAAGCUGAGUCCGUCAAAAAAUCCACCAAGAAGAUAAAAGAAGAGGUGUCUUCUCCUCUCAAGAACUCCAAGAGGCAGCGGGAAAAGGCAGCAUCUGACACAGAAGAGCCUGACAGAUCCAAUGCCAAAAAAUCCAAAACCCAAGAGAUCAGCCGGCCAAACUCGCCCUCGGAGGGAGAGGGUGAAGGCGAGAGCUCCGACAGCCGCAGCGUCAACGACGAGGGGAGCAGCGACCCCAAGGACAUCGACCAGGACAACAGGAGCACGUCCCCCAGCAUCCCCAGCCCCCAGGACAAUGAGAGCGACUCGGAUUCCUCCGCUCAGCAGCAAGUGCUGCAGGCACAGCCGCAGGCGCUGCCGGCCCCGGGUGGCUCUGCCCAGGCCACUGCUGCCACCACGCCGCCGGUGCCAGCCCCGCUGCCCGCGCUGCCACCCGCCUCCAGUGCCACCCCGGCCCCCGCGCAGGUGUCACCGCCGGCGUCCCAGCCCUCGGGGCAGCCUCAGCCCCCCGCAGCAUCCGCCCCUCACUCGCACAUCCAGCAGGCCCCCGCUCUGCACCCGCAGAGGCUGCCAUCGCCCCACCCGCCCCUGCAGCCGCUGAGCGUGGGGCAGAGCCAGCCCGCGGCCACCCCGGCACAGCCCCCGCUGCACGGCCCGGCACAGCCCGGCCCGCACGCUCUGCAGGCCCAGCCCCUGCUGCCUCACACCAGCCCUGCCCAGCCCUUCUCCCUGCCCGCCCCGGCCUCUCAGUCUCAGGUGCCCCUCCAGACUCAAGCCCCGUCGCACUCGCACUCGGCGCUGCAGGUGUCGCAGCCCGUCCUGCCCGGCACGGCCUCGCUGCAGCCGGCGCAGCCCCCGCGGGAGCAGCCGCUGCCCCCCGCCCCCAUGGCCAUGCCUCACAUCAAACCUCCCCCCACCACCCCCAUCCCGCAGCUCCCCACUGCUCCUGCCCACAAACACCCUCCCCAUCUCUCUGGCCCGUCCCCGUUCUCCAUGAACUCCAACUUGCCUCCGCCGCCCGCUCUGAAACCUCUGAGCUCGCUGUCCACUCACCACCCYCCAUCUGCACACCCUCCUCCCCUGCAGCUGAUGCCCCAGAGCCAGCCGCUGCAGUCAUCGCAAGCUCAGCCUCCUGUUCUGACCCAGAGCCAGAGCCUUCCUCCUCCUGCUAGCCACCCUCCCUCUGGGCUCCAUCMGGUACCCUCGCAGCCCCCCUUCUCUCAGCACCCCUUCGUGCCCGGGGGCCCACCUUCCAUCACGCCUCCUUCGUGCCCCUCCACCUCCACGCCGCCCACCGUGCCUGGCAUCCCUCUSCAGACUCCCAUCUCCACGUCAGCAGCUUCGAGUGGCACGGUGCCCGUGGUGACAGCCUGCACGCUGCCACCCAUCCAGAUCAAGGAGGAGGUCCCAGAUGAAGCAGAGGAGCCCGAGAGCCCUCCACCUCCACCCAGGAGUCCAUCCCCAGAGCCCACGGUGGUGGAUAUCCCGAGYCACGCCAGUCAGUCAGCCAGGUUCUAUAAGCAYCUGGACCGUGGCUACAAUUCCUGCUCCAGGGCAGACCUGUACUUCAUGCCUCUGGCAGGAUCCAAACUGGCCAAGAAGAGAGAAGAGGCCAUCGAAAAGGCCAAAAGGGAAGCRGAGCAGAAAGCCAGGGAAGAGAGGGAAAGAGAAAAAGAAAAAGAGAAGGAAAGAGAGAGGGARCGUGAGCGUGAGAGAGAAGCGGAAAGAGCUGCGAAGGUGUCCAGCUCGUCCCACGAGGGCCGUCUCGGCGAGUCCCAGCUCAGCGGGCCGGCCCACAUGAGACCCUCCUUCGAGCCCCCUCCGACCACCAUCGCGGCCGUGCCGCCGUACAUCGGGCCGGACACGCCGGCGCUGCGGACGCUGAGCGAGUACGCGCGGCCCCACGUCAUGUCCCCGACCAACCGCAACCACCCCUUCUUCGUGCCCCUGAACCCCACGGAUCCUYUGCUGGCUUACCACAUGCCCGGCCUCUACAACGUGGACCCCACCAUCCGCGAGCGGGAGCUGCGCGAGCGCGAGAUCCGCGAGCGGGAGAUCCGCGAGCGGGAGCUGAGGGAGAGGAUGAAGCCCGGCUUCGAGGUGAARCCCCCGGAGCUGGACGCGCUGCACCCGGCCACCAACCCCAUGGAGCAUUUCGCCAGGCACGGGGCACUGACUAUCCCACCCACGGCGGGGCCUCACCCCUUCGCCUCCUUCCACCCGGGCCUGAACCCUCUGGAGAGGGAGAGACUGGCGCUGGCGGGGCCGCAGCUGCGGCCGGAGAUGAGUUACCCGGACAGGCUGGCGGCCGAGCGCAUCCACGCCGAGCGCAUGGCCUCGCUCACCAACGACCCCCUGGCACGGCUGCAGAUGUUCAACGUCACCCCCCACCACCACCAACACUCACACAUACACUCGCAUCUACACCUACACCAGCAGGACCCCUUACACCAAGGUGGUACUCCUUACCCUCGGGACCUGCCUGGUGCCAUCCCACCCCCCAUGUCAGCAGCACACCAGCUGCAGGCCAUGCACGCGCAGUCGGCAGAGCUGCAGAGACUGGCCAUGGAGCAGCAGUGGCUGCACGGSCACCCUCACAUGCACGGCGGCCACCUACCCAGUCAGGAAGAUUAUUACAGUCGACUGAAAAAAGAAGGCGACAAACAGUUGUAAUAAAUUAUUUAUUUGUAACGCUGGCUAUGGAAACCCCAGUCCUUGGGAAGGAGUGGAACAUUUUUACAUACAAGAAGAGCUACAAGARGAAAAGAAUAUCUUAUAAAGAUUUCUUUAUAUAUUUAAAACAGAAGCAACCACCCAACAAGUAGAGACUUAUCAGCAUAGUGUUCAUUUGUAGAGAAGAUUUUUCAAGACUGGUGUGGGUCUCCCUGCAUGAAAACAUAUUCAGAAGCCUAUUGGAAGUACAGGACUGUGUGGAAUAUUCAGAGAACUUCCUGCAAUCUUGUUUUUUUUUGGUUUUUUUCCUUCUUUUCUUUUCUUACUAGUUUGUUUUCAGUAGGUGCUAGAAUCAGGUUCACAACACAAGUUCACUGUGCGUGAAGGGACACUCAAUGCAUCUAUAGGUCUUUAAAAAAAAAAAAACAAGGAUUGCAAGUAGGUGACAUAACAAGCUCUGAAUCCAAGUGCUAUAAUAAUAAAAAAAUCUACUUUUAUUUUAAUACAUUGUAGGAAAUCUUCAUAAUUUUAAAGAGAGCUCAGUUCUGCAGCAUGGCUUUUUAAGUCUGUAAAUAACUUUUUUUGGGUAGAGGGGAGAAACAAAACAAAACAAACUCCAGAAACAUUUAUCUUGAUUUUCAGUAACAUCACAAAUUGUGAAUUCCUACCUGGUAUUGACARAAUACAGAGUUGAUUUUUUAAUAAAAUAUAUAUAUAUAAUUAUCCCUUUAAUUAAAGGGAAUGAUGGGUAUCAAUAAUUUCAAAUGGGUAAAAGCUUGAAAUUUGGUUUGAUAUCAACAAUAAGCAUUAAAGGGAUUUGCAGGGAUAAUGUUGCAAAUGACUGUUUCUGUUCUUGGUUUUUCGGUUGGUUUGGUUGUUUGGGGGUUUUUUGUUGGUGUUCCAUCUCUCUGUUCUGCAGCUGAUUUUGUUGAGUUGGGUUUCUCAGCAGCACAGAUGUCCCUUGGACCCCGCUGACCCUUUUGAUGCCGCCUUCAACGGUUCAUUUUCAGUGUGGCCAUAAAACACUUCUUUUCCUGUGACCUUUUGAAACUUAAUCUAACUACAUUGGGUUUAGACUUUGGGCAGAAAGUUCAGAGAAAUAAUUUGUUGUAAAAAUCUCUUUUUGAAGAUGUUGAGUGGCUCAGACUAGUGCAGCCAGGAUUUUGUAUGCACGUGCAUACUUUUGGAGGAUGUGCUUUUUCUGGCCUCCUGUUUGAUAAGUUCUUAAGAAAAGUGGACUUGGCAACUCGAUGUUCUUAAAGUUGUGUUGCAAAGACCAGUCUGAUUUUCUCUUUGACUGUUUGAGUUUGGGUUUUUUAUAAGCAAAAGCUGUUUUAACUGCCACCAGUGUUGUGUAUCUCAGGAACAGCCUGCUCUGGGAUGAGCAGGAUCCACGGACAGGAACAUUUCCASCACCACAGUCCCUGCAGGGUCACUCCUGAGGAUGGGGAGAGGAGAGCAAUACCCAGUGAGCAUUAUUGGACACUGCUCUGCUUAACUAGGCAGAUUUUAAAAAAAUUUUCUCAGUUUUGCCACGUGGUUUCUUUGCCGGAGCAGAGGGUGAUGCGACCAAUGGACAUCUGAAUGUGCUGGUCAUUUUUUCUGCUGGUGCACAACCUCCCCCAUUCUCUCUCUCUCUCUCUCUCCACUCACCAGUGCUCUCUGCUGUUGUAGCCUGUUCAGUGUGAUGGUUUUGUCCUAGGACUGUCCUGAGCCACGUCUGAUAAAGUUGUAGUUAAAUCAGCAGCAGGCACARUGCUCACCCUCCUCCUGCUGCUCAGCCCAGCYCGGGGCUCAGAGCGACAAUUCACCRGUUCAAAAUGUGUUCUGGGCCCAGUAAAGCAAGAGUAGAGAGGAGAGCAGGGAUUUCUGCAGCUGAUCUUCCCUUUUGGCUGCCCUGCACUGCAGAUUCUCAGUGCUGGAGRCUGCAGUGGUGGUCAGUCAGUCCAGCUGCUGUUUUAACUCUGAGGUUGGAUUUGUGAGCAGGGCAAACCAUGACAUCAGUCCAGAAUGGAGGGAGGUGAAUUCCUUCUCCAUGGGCAGUGAUGGGGUGGGAAGGUUUCCUGAUGGGAACAGGGUUUAUUUUACUCCCAGCUGAGCAGCCAGGAGGAUGGGCCUGCUCAGCACAGAGUGCCUCAGUUGGCUUUAAAGCUCUCAUUGGGCUCUUUAAAGCUCUCACUGGGCUCUUUAAAGCUCUCAUUGGGCACAUUUCAGUUCAGUCUCUCCCCUCCUCUUUUUUUACCAUGUGGAAUUGGGGAGUUUGGGGGAGUUCAGCCAUUUCUUCUGACUCUUCUCUUGUUUUUUAGCCAUARUUCUUAAGAAAAAGAAAAGUUUAUUUCCUCCAGUGGUCCUCUCUGUAUUCCUUAUUUUUUUCAGCUGAAAUUGCAGUCUGUUUAAAAGCUGUUCAUUGAUAUAUUGGGUUUUUUUUAUUUUCUCAUAAUAGCAUUAUAAUAAUUUAUGGGAGCUUUUGUUCACAUAAUUCAGCAAAUAAGCACUGAAAUUUUUCCAUUUUAGCCCAAUGAUUAACUACAACUUUACCCGCCGUGGCUUUUGAAGCCAUCUCGGUGUUCGAUGCCCUGUUAAAAAAAAAAAACAAAAACAACCCAGACCUUUUGAUUUUCUUUCAAGAAAUCUCACUUAGUUUUCCUCCGUUCCGAAAGUUUCUUUUUGAAUUUUGCUUUAGUGUUUUUGAAACGUCUCUCUUGUUCUAUGUCGUCAUGGUUGAGCUUGUUUCACUGCACCGUUAAAGCAGAGUGUACAUUCUGACUGCUACAUUUAUAUAUAUCUUGAAGCUUAAUGUAUAUAUGAGUAGUUUGCCAUGGGAUAACACAGUGUAAACAGAGUAGAAACCCAGAAAUCGUGACUUCUGUGUUCUCUCCAUUUGAGUAUUUUGUAAUUUUUUUGAAAUAUUUGUGGACAUAAAUAAAACCAAGCUACACUACAGCAGCCA